AUGUCAUUACCGCUACGUCCUUUGAGACUUUUAUUACUCGGUGCACCAGGUGCAGGGAAGGGCACACAAACCUCCAAAUUACUCAAACAUUUCACCGGUCUCACGCCAAUAAGUUCUGGAGAUCUACUAAGAAAAGAGAUUCAAACCAAAUCAGAGAUUGGUAAUUAUGCUCAAGAUAUCAUAGCAAAAGGUCAAUUAUUGCCGGAUUCUCUCAUCAGUGGGCUUGUUAUAAACGAAUUGAAUAACAGAAACCUAUUGAACAAGAAUUCUUCCUGGCUACUAGACGGGUUCCCAAGAACAUUACCUCAAGCUAAAAUACUGAAUGAAGAUUUGGUUAGCAAAGCCUCAGAUUUGAACUUGGUCGUUGAACUGAAAGUUCCUGAACGAGUAAUAUUAGAAAGAAUAGAAAAUAGAUGGGUUCACGUUCCCUCAGGAAGAAUUUAUAAUUUGCAAUACAACCCACCAAAACAACAAGGUGUUGAUGAUGUUACUGGAGAACCAUUAAGUAAAAGACCAGAUGAUAACGCUGAAGUUUUUCAAAAAAGAUUAAAUGCUUAUAACGAGACUGUUGAUCCAUUGAAGUCAUAUUAUAAAGAUUUAGGGGUGUUACACUCUGUUGAAGGUGAAACUUCAGAUAUAAUAUUCCCAAAGUUAUUGGACUUUAUUCAAAAUAAAUUUAAUUGA